UGAUAUCAGUCAGGGUCGUUGGAGUUGCCUGAAACAACAAACGAAGGGGGGAGCUGAAGCCGUCUAUGAUCCAGUAGCCUCUCUCUCUCUCUCUCUACUCAAUGACUACCGUCACAGACUUUCGUUAUUUAAAUGCAUACAAUAGUCACAGUCAAUUUCCAGCUACAAAUCGCCAUACAAAACCCUUGUCGCCCUCUUCUCGCAUCCACCUUUCAAGCCUCUCUAUCUAUGGUUCGUCUCCGUUUACACGCAACAACCGAAACAGAGACAAUUGUAGGUGGGGAAGAUUCCGAUGCUCGAUCGCCGAGGAGUCCACAAUUGCUCCGUCCAAGGUCGGUUUCCAAGACACCGGCGGCAGUGGUGGUGAAUCCGUGUUGGAUUGCGUCAUUGUCGGCGCCGGUAUCAGUGGCCUCAGCAUUGCCCAGGCUCUGGCGACCAAGCACUCCGAUGUAGCCCCAAAUGUCAUCGUGACGGAGGCUAGAGAUCGAGUUGGCGGCAACAUCACCACUGUCGAGAGGGACGGUUUUCUCUGGGAAGAAGGUCCCAACAGCUUUCAGCCUUCCGAUUCCAUGCUCACCAUGGUGGUGGACAGUGGUUUGAAGGAUGAUUUAGUGUUGGGCGACCCUAAUGCACCUCGAUUUGUAUUGUGGGAUGGUAAAUUAAGACCAGUACCCUCCAAGCCAACCGAUCUCCCCGUCUUUGACUUGAUGAGCUUUGGUGGGAAACUCAGGGCAGGCUUUGGUGCUCUUGGCCUUCGGCCUUCUCCGCCAGGUCAUGAGGAAUCCGUGGAAGAGUUUGUGCGUCGUAAUCUUGGUGAUGAGGUUUUUGAACGUUUGAUAGAGCCUUUCUGUUCAGGUGUUUAUGCAGGUGACCCAUCAAAGCUGAGCAUGAAAGCAGCAUUUGGAAAAGUUUGGAACCUAGAGCAAAAUGGUGGUAGUAUCAUUGGUGGUGCCUUCAAAGCAAUCCAGAAGAGAGCUAGUAGUCCAAAGCCGCCUCGAGACAUGCGCCUACCAAAACCAAAGGGCCAAACAGUUGGAUCAUUCAGGAAGGGACUGGUAAUGUUGCCUGAAGCAAUUUCUGCAAGGUUGGGAAGCAAAGUUAAAUUGUCUUGGAAACUCACAAGUAUUGUACAGUUGGAAAAUGGAAGGUAUAAUUUGACAUAUGAAACACCCGAAGGAUUGGUUUCUCUGCAGAGCCAAAGUGUCGUCAUGACUGUUCCAUCACACGUGGCAAGCAAUUUGUUGCGUCCCCUUUCAGCUGCUGCAGCAGAUGCGCUAUCAAAAUUUGAUUAUCCACCAGUUGCAGCGGUAUCCAUUUCAUAUCCAAAAGAAGCCAUUCGUGCUGAAUGCUUAAUAGAUGGUGAACUGAAGGGAUUUGGUCAGUUGCAUCCGCGCAGCCAAGGGGUUGAAACUUUAGGAACUAUAUACAGCUCGUCACUUUUUCCUAACCGAGCGCCACCUGGAAGAAUUCUGCUCCUGAACUACAUUGGAGGGGCGACCAAUCCUGGAAUUUUGUCAAAGACGGAGAGCCAACUUGUGGAAGCAGUUGACCGUGACCUGAGAAAGAUACUUAUAAACGGUAGUGCAAAGGAUCCACUUACUUUGGGGGUGAGAGUGUGGCCACAAGCCAUUCCACAGUUCCUGAUUGGUCAUUUUGACAUCCUAGAUGCUGCAAAAUCUGCUCUCAGCAAUGGUGGGUUCAGAGGGCUUUUCCUCGGGGGCAAUUAUGUAACUGGUGUGGCAUUGGGCCGAUGCGUUGAAGGUGCUUUUGAGGUUGCAACUGAGGUUACUGAUUUUUUGUCACAGUAUUUGUACAAACAGUCACAGUAACACGGUGGAACUUCCGGUAAUUUAUUUAAGGUUCCUCCAUUUGGUUUGAAUUGGUCAAUGAGGUGUAUUUAGUUUUGGGGCAUUUUGGCUGUAACUCGAUGCCCCCUGUUUUGGCACCUUUUUACUUCGUUAUUUAACCAAAAAAAGAAAUAUAUAUAUAUAUAUAUAUGAAAUUCUUGACUUGUUA